AUGUUCUCAUUACGAAGAUCGCCCGUCAUGUUUGCCCGUCUACCACUAUCAACACCAUCACACACCCUGGUCCGCACGUUUGCCAGUACCGCAGCGCUGAGGGAUAAGACCCUCGCGGGUCUGUCGAGUUUGUUCUCGGAGCCGAGGAGCGAGGAGGCGGAGAAGCCGGUCGUGUAUAAGAAGACAAAGGAGCAGAUCAAGGCUGAAGAGCCACAGACCAAAGUCGAAACUGCCGACCUCGAAACCUCAUACAGAAAGCUCGGUGACCUCGCCCGUCAAAUCCAGCGUAAACCCAUCGACCACGCAAUCGCCCAAAUGGACUUCUCCCUCAAACGCCAUGGUCCCGAAAUCGCCAACCUCCUCCGCACCGCCCGUGAAAGGCUCCUCAAACAAAACAAGACGCUCCAAGGACAAGAUCUCUACGUCGACGCUGCAUGGGUCGGAAAGGGUGUUGAGAGGAAGAAGUUGUGGACGAAGGGUAGGGGUAGGUUUGCGAUUAGGGUUAAUCACAGGGCGCAUAUGAAGGUUGUUGUUAAGAGUAAGAUUACGUUGGAUAGAGUGGCGGAGGAGAAGGAGAGGAAGAGGUUGAAUAAGAAGGUUUGGGUGCCGCUGGAGAAUAAGCCGCUCAGGGCGCGUAUGCCGUACUAUAACUUUUAG